AAAAAAGACUGCGACCACCUAGUGGAAGUCGAAAACGCGAUCCAUGGUCCCAGACGAAACCCAAUCGGACGUUCCUUUGCUGGAUGGAAUCACCAUACACCACUUCACUCGCGAAUCGGACGUGUCAUUAUCUUCGCCAACGUCUCUUGUUGAACACGGGAGGGCUCUCGUAAAUGCUGCGUGUUAUUCAAAUGGUUGGGUGAACACCAAUGCGAGUUUUGGCGAAUACGACUUUGACCUUUCUGAUAGGAAGCUAUUCACGGUUGCUUUAGAUCCUCCUACUUUAUCGUCGGAGGAACAAGGAAGGCUGGGCUCGUGGGCUCGGGAUCUCAAGGACUGGGGAGCAAGCCCGGGCGUCACGGACUGGGACUACUUCACGCUAGAUGAUUUAUCUAGCUUUGAAAGCACAGACUUUGAGUAUUUGUCUGUUUACUUUCACAGCUAUGACCGAAAACGCCCGGGGAAAAUAAACAGACACGAGUCUGAAAUACAAGACCCUGAACCGCUGACAGAUGACGCUAGGACUUCUCGACGUAGAGCUCGAUCUCUCUCACAAGAAACGUCUCCAAAUGUUUUGGUAAGGCCAUCCAAAAGGACCCGUUAUGACAUCUCUCCACUUUUCACCGCGAUACCUCAGCCCCACUUUUACUCUGCCCGUUUUACAGAUUGCCUGCCUAAAACUGCGUUGCGCGUCAAGCCCUAUGCCAAAACAGGCAAAGUACCAUUUCCACCAUAUGAUUCCAAAUCAGUCCAAGAAUAUCUGGAUACUCCUUAUGCUAGGGGAGCUUGGCUUAUUCCUGUACGUGGAAUACCACCCUGGGAUGACGCGACGGUUGCAAUCAUAUUGGAUCCGCUACCGGGCGAAGAUAUUUUGCUUCCUAGUGGCCCAGUAUCAGGGGUAGCGAACAAUUCUCAGAUCGCUUGGACACACCCAGCUCUGCUCGCUUUCUGGAAUUUUCUUAUUUCUCUCAGGGAAGCGAAUACCCUUGGACCUAUCUCGCUCUCCUUCCAUGCGGCCCCUUCAAAUACGUCGUUCUUCACUGGGAGCGAUACUCACACAACGAAUAGUCUAUCUUAUCCAAAUCGGCCUCCGUCAUUGAAGUCACCGGGAGGCUCGAGCACUGUGCCAGGUUAUCCAUGUCGCACACCAUUGGACAGGGUCGAUCACAUCAAAGUUUAUCAUGAUGUGUGCUACACCAUGAUUAUUAGGAAUGUACUAGACGCCUUUCAGUACAUUAUGGAACCGGAGCGAUAUGAUGGGGGUUCUAAUGGGAAGAGCGUGAAUAGAAAGCCGUCUCAACAAGAGACCGAGCUUACGACACCCGAGGUCGUCGAGAAGACUCAAAAAAUAAGGAUGCUAAAAGGGGCAAAACUUGUCUUCGUAAACGAUCGAGCCCAAGGGGUUUUCUUGUCAUGAUGGGAGGGCGCAUCGUCUUUACCCCAAGUCAUAUUAUUCAGAGCCCAUGCUGCGACCGUGAUACACCUGACGAGCAAAAAGAAACCCAAUUUUUCAUCACAGCAAGCCUACCUCGUGCUCCAUCCUUUGUAGCGCUUACAAUUCACGGAACGAGGACUCAGCAAGUCCAAUUCCGGCUGUCAUUAUUGGGUGUAAUUAUGUCGUCCGCGAUGAUAUUUUCCUUCGCCUACUUUCGAGCACAACAUGGCGCAUGGCUCAUAACGCCUGACGCUGAGAUUAUUUCUCCAGGCGCAGCAUGUCAAGUUAAUGAAACGCCCGCAAGCCCCAAUACACAUGGUGGGCGAAAGUCACAACCUCACUAACCGUUCAUUUCGACGAGGCUAUGGAUAGCCAUGAACAACUGUGGCGGAACUGUCAGGGAUCCAGUAGCCUUUGUCGUACGGCUAGGAGGACCACGCCUUCUGCUGCAACAUACAGUGGCGUCCAUGCACUGUGGUUUCUAAACUCUAUCUGUCGAUUGCAAUUAAGUAUGCUAGGAUCACCCUGUACUAUCAACUGGAGGCCUAUCUACAGGCUCUUAGCCGCAGUUUCCCGAUCAUGAGUUUUGUCGUAGUCAUUGUAACGCAAUGAAUUGAGCACUUGUCGAUGUAUUCACCUCCAUCGUCGGCGGGCUGCACAAAGGGGAUAAAAGGAGGUCGGCUGUCUAGGACCGAAGGCCGGUAAUAUCCGAGCUCACAGUCGGCAACUUGCGUGUCAUUUUGCCACUUGUGAAUUUGACUUGCCAAAAUUCUACGUUCAAGCGACGUUCAGUUCAAAUCUGCCAAUGAAUCUCCCGUCUCAAUACAGAUCAUUCGUAAAGAUAAGGACUCUAUAGUAUUCACGGUAGUCCUCGGAAUUCCUGUAUCUGUAGGGACAUCUCUUCAAAAAUACAUCAGAAGUUCAACCAGGGAUUUGAUGAAAGUGGGCAUUGAACACACGACUGGAUGAUUCCCUUUCUUUUGCUUCUGCUUAGAGGAAGAAACACUGCAACUUCCGCGGCGAAUGCUCAAUACGUUCUCCAUGAGCUGGCAAUGCAUUGCAAUGCUGAACUUCCCCGUCCUUAACGAUAUGUUCGUUCUUAGCGCGGGAGUGAUGGCUGCGUUACUGCAUCCAUGUUGGGAAUGCUCGGGGUUGCCGCCUUGCAAAGGUGGAAAUCGGCCAUGCGAUGUUUUUUUUAUCCGCUAGGCUGAUCAUCUUCUAGUCGGGAGAUCGUUUCUGCGUCUGCUGUAGAGACUCAACAUGGAAUCGGCCCUCGACGUGACAAAAGGAAAUCGACCUGAUGUUCUGCGUGCCAGGCGGAGAACACGGUGCAUGUACGUGGGAGCAAGCUGAGGUCAGUCAAUCCUGUGUAAAGAUGGCGACUCGUUCUCCGUGUUUACGUCGAAUUCCUCUUAAACAUAAUUGGUCGUCACUAUAUGUCUAUUUUUGUAGCCUUCUUUCAUAUCCCAGCGUGUUGCUUUCGAUAAACGGAGAUUCCUUUGUUGACUUGAGCACUAUUCUCGAGAUACUCCUCUAACACCUGUGCUAGCCAUCUACCAGUUGUCAUUGGCAGGUGCCUUCGGGCUGUAGUUCUAACCUCCGGUGCGGAGCGCACGUGGACGUGUCCACGCAGCACAAGCGAAGUGAGUCUAGACUUUCAGGAUCAGGCCGACAAUAUGGCGAUUUGUUACUUACUCGUGGCGAACUUUUCAACUGGCAACGG